AUGAAUAGUCGUAUGGACUUUACAGACCGUGCCCAAAAGGCCGUGGAAGAUGCCAUGGCCUUGGCUGAGCAAUACGGUCAUUCUCAGCUUGUCCCAGUUCAUCUCGCCGUCUCUUUGCUCGACCCUCCCGCAGACCCUUCCAAGGACCAGCAGAACGGUCCUCCACCCACCAGCACACUAUUCCGACAAGUGGUUGAGCGAGCACACGGCGACCCUCAGAUCUUCGAUCGAGCUCUCAAGAAAAUACUCGUUCGACUUCCCAGUCAAGAUCCACCGCCAGAGCAUGUCUCUUUGGCGCCCCAGUUCCACAAUGUGCUAAGAAAGGCCAUGGACCUGCAAAAGGUACAGAAGGAUACCUACAUUGGCGUGGACCACCUUAUUACCGCCCUUUCUGAGGAAGCAACCAUUCAAGCACCCCUAAAGGAAGCCAACGUCCCCAAGGCCAAGCUGAUCCAAGAGGCGGUGCAAGCCAUCCGGGGAACCAAGCGAGUUGAUAGCAAGACCGCUGAUACUGAGGAGGAAAACGAGAACCUGGCCAAGUUCACCAUCGACAUGACCGAAAUGGCAAGGGAGAAAAAGAUGGAUCCCGUCAUCGGUCGAGAAGAAGAGAUCCGCAGAGUUGUUCGAAUCUUGUCCCGACGAACCAAGAACAACCCCGUCCUCAUCGGUGAACCCGGUGUAGGAAAAACCACCGUCAUCGAGGGACUUGCUCAGCGAGUUGUCAACCGAGAUGUGCCCGACAACUUGAAGUCUUGCAAGCUGCUCUCACUUGAUGUGGGUGCACUUGUCGCUGGAAGUAAGUACCGAGGAGAGUUUGAAGAACGAAUGAAGGGCGUUCUGAAGGAGAUCACUGAAUCCAAGGAUGUAAUCAUCUUGUUCGUCGAUGAAAUCCAUCUUCUCAUGGGCGCUGGUUCGUCUGGUGAGGGCGGUAUGGAUGCCGCCAACCUUCUGAAGCCCAUGCUUGCCCGUGGCCAACUACACUGUAUCGGUGCCACUACCCUCGCCGAAUAUCGCAAGUACGUCGAGAAGGAUGCUGCUUUUGAACGUCGAUUCCAGCAGGUCAUCGUUAAGGAACCUACCAUUCCCGAGACGGUCUCCAUUCUUCGAGGUCUCAAGGAGCGAUACGACCGACACCACCGUGUUACCAUUCUUGACAGCGCUUUGGUUGCUGCUGCUAACCUGGCUGCUCGCUACCUCACAUCUCGACGGCUACCUGAUUCUGCUAUCGACCUUGUUGAUGAGGCUUCCGCCGCUGUUCGUGUUGCUCGAGAAUCUCAGCCUGAAAUCAUUGAUUCUCUCGAGCGAAAACUUAGACAGUUUAUGAUCGAGAUCGCGGCCCUUGAGAAGGAAAGAGACGAGGCAUCUCAAACCCGUCUUGCACAGGCUCGCAAGGAUGCCAAAAAUGUCGAGGAGGAGCUGCAACCCCUUCGCGAAAAGUACCAGGCCGAGAUCAAGCGCAGCGAGGAAAUUCACCAAGCCAAGCUGAAGCUUGAUGAUCUUGAGAAGCGACUUGAGGAUGCAAUGAACAAUUCUGAGCACGCCAAGGCUGCCGAUCUCAAGUAUGGUGCCAUUCCCGAACAAGAGAGUGUCAUCAAGGAACUCGAGGCUCGCAAGGCUGCUGCAGAUGCCGCCCUCAAUGCCACUGCUACUCACGAUGCCGGCGGUGCCAUGGUCACCGACAUUGUCACCGCAGAUAACAUCAACGAGAUUGUGUCCCGAUGGACUGGCAUCCCUGUUACUCGCCUGCGUACUUCCGAGAAGGAGAAGCUCAUCCACAUGGAAAAGGUUCUCGGCAAGGUCGUUGUUGGUCAGAAGGAGGCUGUUGGAUCUGUCGCCAAUGCCAUCCGACUCCAGCGUUCCGGCCUGAGCAACCCAAACCAGCCACCUAGCUUCUUGUUCUGUGGUCCUUCUGGUACCGGAAAGACCCUUCUCACCAAGGCUUUGGCAGAAUUCCUGUUUGACGAUGCCAAGGCCAUGAUUCGCUUCGAUAUGUCUGAGUAUCAGGAGCGACAUGCGCUCAGCCGCAUGAUUGGUGCGCCACCUGGAUACGUCGGUCACGACGCCGGUGGCCAACUUACCGAGGCUCUUCGUCGCAAGCCAUUCUCAAUCUUGCUCUUUGAUGAGGUUGAGAAGGCAGCCAAGGAGGUCCUCACCGUUCUUCUCCAACUUAUGGACGACGGUCGCAUCACCGACGGACAAGGCAGAGUUGUUGAUGCCAAGAACUGCAUCGUGGUUAUGACCUCUAACUUAGGUGCAGAAUACCUUGUUCGACCAGGCGUCAAGGAGGGUCGUGUUGACUCUGGCACUCGAGAGUUGGUUAUGAACGCCCUUCGUAACUACUUCCUGCCUGAGUUCCUCAACCGUAUUAACUCAGUUGUUAUCUUCAACCGCCUGACGCGCAAGGAGAUCCGCAAGAUCGUCGACAUUCGCCUGUCAGAAAUUCAGAAACGACUCGAAGACAAUGGUCGGAAAGUGCAUAUCGACGUGUCAGAAGAAGCGAAGGACUACCUUGGAAACAGCGGUUACUCGCCAGCGUACGGUGCCAGACCUCUGUCUCGUCUCAUUGAGAAGGAGGUUCUCAACCGCCUUGCCAUCCUUAUCCUGCGCAACAACAUCCGCGACGGAGAGUACGCACGCGUUGAGAUCAUUGAUGGUAAGAUCGUGGUUCUUUCCAAUCACACUGAUAGUGAGCUUGGCGAGGAUGAUGAUAUGAUGGACGAGGAGGAUGCUGUUGACGAGUUGGUGGACGAUAUGGAUCAAGACAUCUACGACUAA